GCAGUGGUAGCGCCGCGGUGCCGCUUUCAUUGUCCGGUGAGACGGCGAAGAGAUUGGAGGGCGCAGCCGCGGCUUGAUAGAGGAGGGUUUAAAACAAACAAGGAAAAAAAAAAAAAAAACCCCAAGAACAACGAAUUGAGCGCGAAGUGAAACACUUAAACACACUAUCAAGGACGAGACGAUCACGAUGCGAGUCGCCGCGGCGCUGCUGUUCUGCCUCAGUUUGUGGAUUCCUGACGCGAUUUCGCAGGAUCUCAGCCCUCCAGAGGACCAGGAUGCAUCUGGAGAUGACCUGGAGCUCUCUGGUUCUGGCUCUGGCGAUGGCGUUUUUGUUGUGCCUGACACUAAAGUCGCCCUGAAGUUCAACGCAACAACUCCUUCAGCUCGGCAGUUGGAAACCUCUCCCUUUUCCCUGACAACAGUAUCGAACCCCAUUUCAGAGAUAGAGCUGGAGAAGUUGGUUACAUUGGCUCCACCCACCACAAUAGGCAGCACCUCAACCACCCAUAAGGCUGUAGCAGUCCCUAUUGACAGGGAGACGGAGCCUCAGAAUACGCAGCUGCAGGUUACUUCGGCCAGCCCUACCACAGGAGGGCAAGGAGCGACACCCAGGGGCAGGAAGGUCAUGCCCAAAGAGGGUACCUCGGAGCCAUACGCCACCACUACCGCUUCAGCUGUGGUGGAUGUUGCCAUGAAGGAAACUGCUUCAGCCCCUGAAGAAAAGGACCACCCUCCUGCUGCACCUACACUUCCUCCCCCAGCUACAACCAUGCCAUCCUGGGCUGAGCCCAACCCUGCCUCCAGCACACCCCUUCUCUCAGACUACGGGAGGAUAAACGAGGACAUUGUCCCAGGCGUGGCCACCAACGUUGGAUCAGAGAAUGACUCGGACUUCGCCCUGGUUGAAGACUUCAGCCCCGAGGUGCAAGGGACCCAGGAAGGUGUUUCAGAGAACCAGUCCCUGCUGGAGCGCAAAGAGGUCCUGGCUGGUGUGAUCGCCGGAGGCAUUGUAGGCCUUGCCUUCGCCGUCAUGCUCGUGUCCCUCAUGGUCUAUCGGAUGAAGAAGAAGGACGAGGGCAGCUACUCGCUCGAUGAACAGAAGCACCCGAACAGCGGCUACCAGAAACCUCAUAAACAGGAGGAGUUCCUGGCAUAAGCUCUGCCCCAACAUCUACCUGCCUAUUCU